UUCAUCACUACAUGUAUCACUCACGCCCCUCCAAGUCUCUCAACUGGAUAUUCGAUCCCAAGGUACGCGUCCUGGCGCUCCCAUGUGCAGGACAUAAGGCGAGGCGUUUGACACCAAACCAGGGUAUCCAAGGCGCAGUAGGUGCCUGUUGGAACCACCCCAGAACCUGCAUUCGCCGUCAUCUCGGCUGGGCAGCACACCGGGAUGCCUCUUGAAAAGAGGCACGCAGCCAACCUUGAAGACAUAACCCCAAGAGCUGGCACUGCCAACAAAACGACAGAAGUCGAACAAGCAGCAGAAGCAUCAGUCGAAGAAGAAGAAGCUUCCUCGCCUGCCAACACUGAACCACUUCCGUUUGACGGGGAGUCCGGAGACGAGAUGGAUGCUUCAAGGAGCGCGCAGGACGAGCUCGAUGCGGCCGCGACGCUCGCUUCGGUCCCCGCUGCGCUGAGUGAGGAGCCAAAUACCGCCGAGAACGCUACUGGUAUGACCGAAUACGAUGCAGCCUCCAAGCAUUAUGUACGCUCGGGUGGCGGGAGCGACCUCUCCUCCGAUCUUUCCGACGAAGGAGAGGCGAACAGCGGCGAUGACGACGAGCCAGAGGAGGAAGAAGAUGAAGAUGAGGAGGGAGAGGAUGACGCCGGCGAAAUCCCUGGCGAAGAUGACGGCGAUGACGAAGGCGAAGGUGACGGUGAAGAUGAAGAUCAAGACAGCGGCAGCGACGAAGAAAAGUCUGAAGACGAUGCCUCCGAGCUCUCAGAGGACGAAGGAGCGGGGCAAGCGGCGGCAGUCACGAUAUCUGCGGAAGCAGCAGAUGUCGCCACAGCGCUAGACGCGCUGGCUGGCAUCGCAACGGCCACCCCUAUGGUUUCUGCCAUCGCUGAUACCGGAUCAUCUAGCACCCACCACCUUCAUUCUCGGAGAAAGUCGAUCACUGCUUCCAUGAUCGACCCUGUCGCCCCGAGCGAUGCGGGAGACCACGAGUCUGACGAGGAGUCCGACGUCGCAGAUAGCCAGGACUUGACCACUGGUGAUGUCUUGGCAUCUGCAAUUACUGGCAAGGCAACAAUUUCCAAGCCGCACCCUCCUCCCGAUCCAAACAGCGCCGGGUCCAAACUCAAGACCAGUUUGCUCGCCAACGCGACCGAGGACGAUGAUUUAGUGGGCGCAUACCCGGCAGCUGACGGGGCAGAAGCGUCUUUAGCCGCCUCUGCGGCCACUUCCAGAGAGGGCUCGCCUUUCCAAGAGGCUGGUACGGCGCACGAUGCGGUCGGGUUGGGGGCGAGUCUGACUGCUCAGCUUGCCAAGAGUGCAGCGCUUGCUGCAGACGCCGCCAAAGAAGAUGACGCUGCAGUAGAAGAUGCUGCAGCUGGCGAGGGUGCAGAAGGCGAGAUGGCCGAAAUGAUAGUCAAUACUGGCCAAGGCACGCCCGUGAUCGAGCAAGCCGAAGCCGAAGAUGAAACCACGACGGACGAGACUGCACUUCGGCGCCAAGAGGCCAUGGAUGCCCUCGCAAAGAUCGAAAUAGGCUUCGCCAUGCUGCGCGAUAAGCUCUACAUGGAGAGAGUCGACGAGACGUGCAAAGAGACCGCCAUGAUCUUAGACGGAACGCACCCCGAGCUGGUGUAUCUUUCCAACAUCAUCGAAGCACGGAGGCGUAAACGGCAGAAGCUUGCCGACACCUGGUUCGACCAGCAAGAGCAACAAUUCAGUCGCGUAGCAAAAGCAGACGAGCAGGCCAUUUGGAGCAAUUGGCGGGCGUCUAUGGCGCAAUUGCGACGCGACAUGAUGGACGAUCUUAGUCGCAAGCGAAGAAAGCUUGACCGAGAGAAGCGCGCUUUAGAUGCGCCCCGACCCCCUCGACGGCAUCACGUGUUUGAGACGGAGCUUGUGCGUAAUCCAGAACGGAUCACUCGUGGUGGCACAGCCACCAAGGCUGGGGACAGCUCCAAGAGCGCGAAUGCACGAGAAUCAGGCGCAGCUACCAGCUCCGGCAAGUCCAAGAAGCGACAAGGAACGCUACGCAAAUCGGGAUUAGAAGGAGAAGAAGAGCAAGUGGGGGAAUACGUCGCGUUCCCUGACAUACGCGGGCUCGAAGAUGAAGCUUAUCACGACCUCGAGGCGAUGGGGUUUCGGCCGCCACAAGGGUUGAUGCGGACUGGCUGAUGCAUUUGUCCUGGGCGUCUCAUCGAGGCAGACUAUCUUGUACUACCUAGUGCCAAUUCGAUUUGA